UAGGUGAGAUGAAUUGAGUGGUGACUGAUGAAACUUUCAGAAUACGCACCAGUUUGCUUCUGCAAAACGGAGCAGUCGAUACCAUUCAUUUAUAGUUCAUAUUAUAUAUCUUUGUAUAACAACUACAUCGUUUCAUUGAUAUUCCUUCACAUAUUCGUUUUCAAAUUGACUCCUCACAGUUGUCUAUCAAGUACUUUCAAUAUCCAGAUCGCUUAUAUAUUAUACUCAUCCAUACAAUAAGCUGGAUUGUUAGAUCUGUAAGAGAAAGGCCACUCAACAAAUUAAAAGCAUCAUAAGUAUGCUGCAGCUAAGUAUGUUAAGUAUGCUAACAAUUUCAUUUUCUCCCAACACUCCGGUGGUGAUGUGAUUAAUUACAACUUCAGGCUAUUCACAAGCAUGAUAUUGACUUGAUAAGAGAUAUGUGCACACAGCUGUUUUCUAUCUGUUCAAUCGAAUUCGAACGCUUUGACGCUUAUGACAGCUCCGUCGUAUCGGCUUACCGAUAAGAAAUUCUGAUAAACACUUGCUUAUAAUAUUCUUGUGUGAAUAUUUCUUGUUUGUAGAUAUAUAUUUAGUAUUUUAUGGAUGUUAACCGACUGCAAGAUAUGGUCAUUUCUGAGAAAGGAAAGCAAAAGAAGCCCAAGUCAUUCAUAUGGAGGGAUCAAAAUGGUCCAGAUGAAUCAGAAGAUGUAACAAAGGAACGCAACACUAAAAUCCUGCUCCCAAGAAGACAAAAAGGAAAGACACUUGUGAAAGAAUGCAGCAGCUUAACAAGAACUAAAAGCUUAACCAGAGCUGAAACCAGCUGUCCUGCCAAGACAAGUGAAAGAAAUACUCGGCCAAGAUGCCAGGAGAACAUCUCUGAUGUACUGCGAGUAAAGCGUAUAAUCGGAAGGAUGCACUACACAAAGCUGAUCAAGAUUAGCAAGAUUCAGAGUUUGGAGAACACAGCUCGUAAUGCGGAGAAAAAACUUAAAACCGCAGAGAAAAUGCUUCAGAGGGAUGAAAAGACUUUUGAUGAGUUCUUGAGAGACUACAUGGAGGAUUACAAGUGGAGGGAGAAGGAAGAUCAGGUGGCUAGGAAGGAGAUUCUUGACUAUAGAAGAGAGUUGGAGGGUAAAGUCAGAAAUAUGAAGCUGAAGAUAAGUUCGAUUGAACAAUCAAUAUUUCAACUAGAAGACACUCUUAGUGAUCAAAAUAAACUGAAAGCAUUACUCACUCGAAAAGUAGGUAUUUCAAAAGCUCAGCAUGCCAAAGAAGGAAAUAAAAUGGCAAAUAGCCAACAGUAUAAAAAUACCAAAGAUGAAGACACUAAGAAAGAAACAACUACGAUUAAUCCGAUUGAUAUUUUGGACUUUGUAUUAGAGUUUGUAGGCUUUGAGGACAAGAACUUUCACAUUAUGCAGGAGAUACAGAAGAAGGAGAUGAAACUGACUCAGCUUCAAAGACGGCUAGUAGAGCGUGACAUGAUGUUUUGAAGAAGUAAGAUUUGUGAUUACGAUAUGAUUAUGAAGGUGCUUUUGUAUUAUUUCGUUUCGUCAAAAUUAAAUUGAUUUGAUCAAUGAUGAUCGGAUCGGGUAUGUAGCAACUCACAAAACUACGAAAAUUAAAAUAGUGAUUUUACACCCAAAUAUGUAAAUCUGAUGAAAUCAAAAAUCAUGACAUCUGAUCAGCGAACAUGUUAUAUAUUAUAUACUAAUACAAAUUACACAUGUAUUGAGACAGGUAUUGGUACCGGUAUUUCCUACAAACUACCUAGUACUGAACAUAAAAAUAAGCUACUAGUACAGUAAGUGCUGAAUGUAUACGACAAGCGCUUAGGACUUUAGUUAUCUUCCAAUUGUGCUGUUGCGUUUGAUCUAUUUAUUUGUCUUUUUAGCAUUUGAUAAAGCAGAAGGAUGGUGAUUCUUAUGUUUAUAGCAAGCUUUCUACAAAUUCAAGCUGAAAAAUAUCUAAUCGGUGAAGCAACUGACUGUUAUGGUGCGAUGUUAAAGAACGCCUCAUCACAAAUUGUUAAAGAUGACGAGAGCGAACUAAAGGCCACCAAUUGGACCACCGGAGAAACCCAUCUAUUGAGGUAUUUCAAUUAACAAAGCCAGAAACUUGUAUUGAACCAUAAAGGACUUAAGAAGGCUACGAAGCAGAAUGGCAAUAUACUCACUUUAAAAACUUGAAGGCGUGAGUUCUUUUUCAUGCUGCUUCUAUAAGUGCGAUAUAACCGAGGAAGUUGAUAUAAUAAAUAUAAUUCUGAUCAUACGAAACUUUACAUCAUUUUGCUCCAGGGAACCAUGAUAAGUAGCAGAAAAUUAGGUCGAAUAGUGUAAAAUUAACCACUUUAGAGGUCUUACUAUCAGCUUCUUUGCCUGUAGGUGCAAAAACGAAAGUUCAGUUUGGGUGAACGGAAUACGGAAUAUUGAUGGGGUUGAUGUCGAUGCCAUUGAUCAGUAUAGUGGCACAAAACAGAAUGGAAAUAUUCUAGUGGCUUGCAAGGAGGGCACGUUCCAGCCUGAUAUAUUUAUUGGGCAAAAUAUUUGGUGCAAAAGUAGGUUUUACUUUAAAUUGAAUGUGCAAUUGACAAUUCCAUUUGGUGGUUCAUCUGAACUUGAUUGUAAGUGUAGCCGCCAGUUCUUUGAAAUCCCAUAUUGAGUCUUAUGAAAACGUUGAUGAGCACAAAAUAUACUUUACAUUCAUUUUUUUCUUUUGACUUUACAGAGGGUUGCCAGCCUAUCCCUGAUGACGAUAUUUAUUAUUGGAACGUGACCUACCCACUGGAUUCCCUUACAACUGACCUCUCAUCGCCUCCCUUACAAGAGGGAGACAAAGUUGUCAAGUUGGCUUGUAGAUCUGGGUAUGCUCCACGCCAAAUAACGAGAAAUGAGACGAGGACGAAAUGUUCUGAAGGGAAGUGGGUAGAUAUGGACAAGUUUAUAGAGUGUGUACCAGGUUGUGAGGAUAUUACUCGGGAAACUGGAGGGAGAAAAACUUUGAUGAGAAAAAGAUCUGGGUCCUAUGCACCUUUCGUCGCAGGUGACACAGUUACAUUUGAAUGUGAAUCAGGGGAGGUGGUCGGUAACUCCACCGUGACCUGUAACUCCCUCAACACUUGGUAUCCGGAACUUCCUGUCUGCUCUUCAGAUUCCAAGAGAAUAUCUGGACUGUUUUCAUGUAGAUCAUUUUGGGACUUUGCUGUUUUGGUUGUUAUGAUACAAUAUUAUGUUUUGUUGUUGGGAGAGUCAACAUGUUUUGACUUAUAGCUGCUGGUUUAAUGCUAAACACUUGAUUAGUCGGAUCUCGCCAUUGUAUUGUGUGAUUUUAAACAACUUCUUACUUCAC